CAGAAGACACAAAGCCAGAAUUUCCACUGGCAAUACAAGUCUUAAAAACGCAAACGUAUGUAGACGAUAUCCUGUCUGGAAGCCACAGUCUUCCACAAGCAUACGAGACCUUAUCACAGGUAAUAAAUGCCCUCAAUACCGCAGGGUUUCCUUUAAAAAAGAUUACUGCCAAUCACCCAAAUAUUUUAAAAAAUAUUCCUAAAGACCAUUUGUUGGAUACUAAUUUCCUUAUAUUUGAAAAGGAAAGUGCAACAAAAACACUAGGCAUCCGAUGGAAUGCGAUAACGGACCAGUUUUCAUACACGACUGAGUCCAUAUCCGCAUUAUCCGCCAUUACAAAACGCCAAAUUCUCUCCUCGGUGGCAAAACUUUUUGACCCCGCAGGAUGGCUUUCGCCAAUUAUGAUACAAGCGAAAAUCUUGAUCCAAGAAUUAUGACUAGACGGAGCCGACUGGGACGAACAAGUGAAACCUAUUCGGUUAGAAAAAUGGUCCCAGUUCGCUAAUAACUUGAACGACAUCUCAAAGAUACAAAUUCCACGGUGGGUAAACUAUUUCCCCGAAUACAACGUGGAACUACACGGCUUCUGCGACGCCUCUGAAAAGGCAUAUUGUGCCGCUAUAUAUAUGCGUACACAAACCGAUGUCGCAACUACAAGCCACUUAUUAGCAGCAAAAGCAAAAGUUGCGCCUCUAAAAACGCUAAGUCUUCCACGACUUGAACUCUGUGGCGCUCUGCUACUAGCAAAGCUAGCUUCAAUGGUGCAGACCCACUUAAAAAUGGCGAAAUACAGAUUAUAUUUAUGGUCCGAUUCCGAGAUAGUUCUAGCCUGGUUAGAAAAAACACCACAUGCGUGGAAAACUUAUAUUUCUAACCGAGCAUCUCCAAACCCCAACCCAAACCCCAAAAACCCAAACCAAAAGGGAAAUGUCGAUCCGUACGACGACUCACUCCUGCCACAUUACGUGCCACCACCGGCCAAUCCAGUCAACUGUCAAAAUUUAGGUGGUUUUGACGUUUAGCAAUUGUUGUCUCACUUCCAGUGAGAGAGGAGUUGUAGAUCUCAUUAUCUCUGCAUGAUAUAUCACGGCUUUACAGUAAGAAUAUUUUAAAGUUAUUUUGUAAAAAUGUAUUACAUUUGUUUCCACAGAAUACAACAAUUAAUGCGGCUGCCCUUGUUUCAAAAAUGCGAACGCUUUUGAAUGCCUACAAAGCAGCGAAAGACAACGAGAAACAGACCGGCACUUCUCCGUGCACAGUACCAUAUAUGCGCGAGAUGGACGAAAUUUUUGGCGAAAGUUGCUUGGUGUCCAACAACCACACCUUAAACAUUGGGACAGAUCCUCAAGAGGCAUUGGUUGAGUCUAGUGGUAAGGAGUUGUUAAAGGAUUCAACUGAUUUUCAAACAAUGCUCGACGAUAUGCCUAGUACUUCGAGGCAGAGCCGGUCUGCACUAAGCCGUAGCAUAUGCAGACCAAAUGCUGUGAAUUCACAGGAGCCGAACGCAGCAAAUCCUGUUCCAAAUCGGCGUUAUCGGAAAAGCGCUAAAGACCGAUAUUUUGAUCAAAAAAUCGAACAAAAAAGGAAAAGUUCUGAAGUGCAGGCGAAGUUUUACGCGAAUAUAGAAAAACGAAUCCAGGAUUUGGCCGAAAAACAAAAUAUUCUAAUGGAAAUUGAACAAAAAAAAUGAAAAUAGAAGAAGAAAAAUUAAAAAUUUUAAAGCAUUAUUUUAUGAAUAAAAGUUAGAAAAGCUACUUGAUUUCAUAACGAAUAUAUAUUGUUUUAUUUAACGGAAAUAUAUAAUCAAGCUUAUCAUAAAAUGAACAUUUUUUACAUUCAAAUCUUGAUCA